UUCGGAUGUGUUUUUUAUUGACAUGUUGUGGCGGACAGGCGGACUGCACCUGUGAUAAGCCACACGUGGGUGACGUUUUGUGCUCCAAGAUCUCCGAAUUGGUACUCUGAAAAUUGAACGUACUGAAAAAUCAAACUUUGAGCACGGGAGAUCUCUUGCACAUAAGCAUUAUAAAUGGGUAUUUUGUCUGGAUGUCGCACAAGUGUUGGUUUACUUAAAAUAUUGUUUAAAAACGCUAGAGGCGUAACUUCUCUCGCCCAUUCCAAAAGACCUGUAACCAAGGAAAAGCUUGACGUUAAAAAAAAUACCGGUGACAUUAAAAUUGACAAGAAAACCAUUGCCAAGUUGGAAAGAAUUUCUUUGGUAGAUUUCGAUAAUGAAGGGGGUAUACAGAGAUUGGAAGCUGCCAUACGUUUUGCACAAAAACUAAGAGAAGUGCGAUUGGAUCCGUCGGUCAGGCCAAUGUAUAGUGUACUUGAGAAUGAAAAACUGGAACUUAGAGAAGACAGGGUGACCGAAGGUAAUUGUCGUGAAGAGAUACUGAAGAACGCCAAGGUCCUGGAGGACGAAUACUUUGUUGCACCGCCUGGCAAUAUUCCCAAAAAUUCCUAAU